AUGGAUAAGGGCCCCUCCCAAUGGCGUAUGCUGCUGCCGAAGGGUUUAGAGAAAGAGGAAGCAGCAGCAGCAGCAGAAGCAGCAGCAGCAGCACCUGUUCAGCCUGAAAGACACCACCGAUGGAGCACAAUGGGGUUGGUGGCAGCAGCAACAGAAAUGCAGAUUGAGGGUGUUUCUGUGAAUGUAAAGGAUCUAUUAUCUCCUCGUGCUGCUGCUGCUGCUGCUGCUGCUUCUGCUCCUAUUCCUGCUGCUGCUGCUGCUGCUACAGCUACAGAAGGAGAUGCAUCAACACCAGCUCCAGCAGCAGCAACAGCAGCAGCAGAAGCAGCAGGAACCAGCAGCUGCGGUCGUUGGUGUCAGGCUGAGGUGUAUUGCGAGGUCGAGCUGUUGUCUUACACCCCAUUCAAAUCCUACAUUGCUAUUGGGGUUGCGGCAAACCCCUACCCCUCUCGGCAGGUGUUUAAGGGGGGCUCUGUCUCUGCUGCUGACGGCGAUGUGCUGAUGGGCAGGUGUUUAAGGGGGGCUCUGUCUCUGCUGCUGACGGCGAUGUGCUGA